CGCGACCCGUCCGUCGAGUUGUACAGCGACACUGGUGGUGAUGGGUCGAUGCGAAGCGCCGUCAAAAUACCAGUAACCAUUCGAUAGAUAUGAACUAGUGCAAGGGCGUAGAUCCUAGUUUGCCGUGUACGCAAACUACGCAAGGUAGCAACGGAACGGUCUGGGAAAUGGAGAACAAGGGAAGUAUUGCCGGAGAAAAUGAAUCAUCGACAGUGACCAAAAUCGAAGCAGAAGAUGAAGCGACAAAGCUCCAGGCGGAGCUAUCGCGCGUACGGGAGGAGUUUAACCAGCAACGGGCGCGUAUGAAGGAAUUGUACCUAGCCAAAGAGAAUGAAUGCAAGCGGGUGGUUGAGGAUCUGGGCAGUGCUCGGAAGGAGCUGAACGAGCUGAAGGCCCAAAUCCGGAUCAUGGAGUUUAGCCGCGAGAAGGACGCCGAAGAGCAGCGUAACCGGAUGGAGGACGAAAAUCGAACACUCAAACAGCUGGUAAAUGAAACGCUCGACGAGUCGUCGGUGAUGCGAGACACGGUGCGGCAGCUCCAGGAGAAAAAUAAAAGCAUGUUGGCAGAAAUCGCCCAGCUAAAAGAGGGUCUCGCCGAAAGCAAUCAAGUAUCACCAAGCCUGGCGAAGACGGUGCAGCAGGCGAAAAAAAUCAUUCUCAAAUUCGGAACGGUCGACAGCAACAGUGCCGACAAUCUAGAGGACUCUAUGCGGAAGGUAAAGAAAUAUGCUCAAGAAGAUGCGGAGGUGCUCCGAUCAUUGGUCGUUCCGUUGGAGGAGGAAAUCAAAUCACUUAAAGAGAAACUCCGUAUUGCAUACGAGACGCGCGAAACGUCAACUCCCGGAGCUGACGCCAGCACGAAACAGCAGAAAUCCGCGCUCCUCGGGAUGCUGAAACCCGAAGAAGAGAAUAGUGGAGCGAAAGAUUUGGAAAGUUCAAUAGAUGAUAGUCAUCCAACUAGUAAGGAUAGCUGUAUACGAUGUGAAGCGCUUGAAACCAGUAUCGAGGAGCAGCUGAAGGAGGAACGUGAACGUUCGGCGACGGUUGAAAAGCAAGUUGAACGGCUCAAGGAGCAGCUUACAAAAGAGGCAGCGUUGCGUACGGAUCUUGAGGCACAGUGGCACAAGAAACGGGAAGAACACAAAAUAGAGGUACAGAAGCUGACCGAUCGCGCUAUGAAGACGGAGCUGGUAUUGGAUAAACUUCGCCAGGACUACACGCAGCUGAAGCUGGUGUUACGCGACGAGUUGCAAAAGCUUACCGAAGAGCGAGAAAGGGUUUAUUACCAGAUCAACAAUCUACAGCAGGAUAACGACUUUCUGGCGGGCAAAUAUGUAGCCAGCUCGGAAGCACUCAAGGACCAAGCGCUCAACUUUCCUCAGACGGUAGACGCGCUGCAAGAGUAUGUGCUGAGAUUGCACGAGAAGUUGAUUGUUACCCAGACAGGGUGCGAGUUUGCCGAGCGAAAGGCUCGAAGCAUGCAGGACGAGGUGACGCUCCUGCAGGAACAACAGUGCUUGCGCGAUCGCGAUGCCAAGAAAGCCGAGCAGGAAUACACGCAGACCUGCAUGCAGCUUCAAGAACGGCUCAGGCGACUGCAGAACGAAUUCCAGCAGUUUGUUGUCAUACGCGAAGAACUCGAGGUCUCCGUGUCCGAUCAUGAGAAGCAAAAUUCCGAACUGCGAAUGCAAAUCAUUGAGCUGCAAGCUGGGAACGAGCGUCUAGACAAACAGGUUUGUGAUUUGAAGAGCAAAAUGGCUGUGCUGCAGGAAGACCUGGCGAACAACGAGGCGGUACAGAAAGACUUCGUCAAACUGUCGCAAUCAUUGCAAAUGCAGCUGGAGAAGAUUCGUUCCGCUGACACGCAGGUGCGCUGGCAGGAUGAUGACGACGUUGAUCAGUGCCCCAAUUGCAAGAAGGAGUUCACCGUUACGCGUCGGAAACAGCACUGUCGGCACUGCGGAACGAUUUAUUGUCAGCCGUGUCUGUCCAAGUCCGUUGUGUCUGGGCCCAACCGUAGACCGGCAAGGGUAUGCGACGUUUGCCAUACAUUGUUGGUUCAAGAUACCGCGCCGUACUUUAGCCGAGAACCACCACAAUCACCAUAGUUUAACAAUAGCAACCACAGUUACGUACUACUAUGCAGGUACACUGUAUAAUGUAAAAAUGAAUUGUUACGUUUUGCAAGAAGGUUAAUAAACAUUUUUCCACAUAUUGGUUAUCUGCAAAAAAACACAAAA